AUGAUCCUGGUAGCUCUAGACCCGCAUCGAGUUCGGCGACUCAUCACGCGAGAUUGUAGGAGAAAACAUGACCCGCACUAUAUGAAUGAGCUCGAAAUCCAAGUUCAAUUGCUUAAAGCAGAGAUUCGCCGGUUGGAGAAUCUGCAUCCCUCCAUGGCAGUGUCGGAGAGUAUUGCCGAGAUAAUGACAGCCGAUGAUACAAUCUCAGGAACACCUGUCCAAGCAGAUCUGGAAGGGGAUCAUGGAACAAACAUCUCAACGGCAAUCAACGACGUCAGUUCUCUUUUGUGGCGGCUCAAGAUAAGCGAAGGGGGUGAAACUUCCCUUAUUGGGCCAUCGGGCAAUUUUUGCUUCGAGACGGAUAGCGCAGGCGUUACGAUUAACCCUGUUCAACCUGAUUUUGAACAUGAACACGCCUGGUGCGAACAUGGGAGUGAUCAAAACUCCCUCGAUGUUUCACAAGUUGUUAAGAAUCUAGUGACAUUAUUCACAAAGUUCAUCAACCCUGUUCAUCAAUUGGUUGACGAAGAUGUACUGGUUGAAAUGGCCGACAGCCCAACUGCAGACAUGACGUUUCUGGGGAUGGCAACCCUGGCUGCUGGCUCAUUGUACGCAGAUAGCGUUGAGGGGAAAUGUUAUGGGAGCGAAAUGGCCGCCAUCGUCGAGGCCACCGCGCUAAAGACCUGUCGAGAAACUCCCACGCUCAGCACGAUCCAGGCGCUUUCUAUCAUGUGCUGGCGGGAACUUGCACUCGAUAAUGAAAAGAUGGCAUGGAUGUACAACGGCAUGGCUUGUAGCCUGGCACUUCACCUUGGACUUACCGUCAGCUCCCUUGAAACUCUGCAGACAAAUGAGUCCGAAGCUUCCAAUCCACAAGCGCUGCAAUCCCGCCAGUUGAGAGUCAAGUCCCUCUGGAGUGUCAUUCUUUUGGAUAGAAUCGCAACCUCGCUCUUGGGACGUAAUUGUCUCAUUCCUUGGCGACGAGUCUCGGCACCCUUCUAUCUGGACGUUGUUGACCAGGAUGUGCCACUCCAAGCAGUUAUCUUUGACUACCACUGUCGGCUUUGGUUCAUACACGAUCAAUUCAUGGACAGCAUCUACUCAUUUCAGUUCUUGGAUCUCGACAUGGAAAAACGACAUGGCAUGCUGAUCGAUGCCCGUGAGCGACUGUUGUCUUUCCGCAGAGAUCUAAAUUCCAGGCUGCGACUGACAAAAGACGUGACCGAACCUACCCUCAUUUUCUGUCACAUGUCAUACCACAUGUCUCAACUACUCAUCCACCGUCCCUACCUCAAUGAGCCGCCGGGAUCUCAUAUCCAUCGCCUCUCCAUUCGAUCCAUGGCGGUGGAAGCAGCAGAGAUUGUCAGACUGAUUCGAGCAUACGAGAGACUGGCGCACUUCGACAAAGCCCCACCAUUUAUUGUACACAGCGUACAGACAGCAGCAAUCACCCUACUUCUCAAUGCGACCUCGACAGAACCAUCUUUGAAAAGCCAGUCAAUCAGUCGUUUCCGCGUCUGCUUCAACGCCUUGGAAGCCAUGAGCUCACGGUGGCAACGGGCCCGCAACGCCAUGACUGUACUCCGAGAGUUGGCUCAUCGCUGGAACAUUAUCAAAGCUUUACCGAUACGUUACAGUGUUCCUGUAUCGAUGGAGCGCCAGUCGAAGCUGACGACGGAGUCUGAGCUGGCCUGCUCCUGUGAAACAGGGUCACUGAAGCUUCAAAGUUCAGCGCUGGACGACGUUGAAGUAGUUGAUGCGGGUUUUGACUGGGCUAGUCUCGACUAUUUCGAUUACUCUGGCUUUGAUCCGUGGGACCUGGGAUUGGAUACGCUAGACUUUUGGGUAUAA